UUAAAAACCUGUUUUUUUUUCUUUCGGAUCACAAGAGAAGUGUCAGUGCCAAAAAUGCCGAAGAUGGCACCCAAAAGUGGUGCGAAGUCUUCCGGCGUAAUUGGAACCGAAGAGCAGAAUGGAAAGCGGAGCUUCGUAGUCACCUUAAACAAGGAUGGCCAGCUCGAAAUUAACUCCAAGGCGCAAGUCACUCCAAAGAAACGCAUAUGCUCUGGAUCCUGCACCAGAAGACGCUCGAAAAAGUCAUCAUUAGGCCAAGGCGAGAGCCAGAAUAAUAUUGCUAAUGGGAAGAAUGGAUCGGAAAAAAUGGAGCAAAGAAAAUGUCAAGGUUCGGAGGCGCUACAUCGAUUUAUAAAAAUCUACAACAAGCACCAUAAGCGUCGCAUUGAGGCCAAGCCAUCGUUCGUGGUUAUCGAGGAUGCCGCAGAGCGCAAGCGCAUCGAGCAGACUCUAUAUAAGGGACAAAGGGACAGCACCGCAUCGCGCUUCGGCAUGUGCGAUAACAUGGCCUGCCAAACCGAUGACUAUCUGCUGCAAUGCGUCAACGCGAACUCACCCCACAUGAAUCACUUCACCUCGCCUUGGAUGUUAGCGGAGCACAAGAAGCACGUCGCCAACAUGCAGCUCUUGCGUCGCAUGUCACAUAUUCGGGCCAAGCAAAUGGCGGCCAACUCCCACUAUUCAAUGCAGCCGAUGAUGAAUGUCGAGAAUCUGCGGCACAUUAUUCCCCAACAGUUUAUAGCGUCGCGUUCUGGCUCCACAGCCGGACGCUUCGGUCGACGCAAGCCGGCCGGAUCGGCUCAGACCAAUGUCUGCUCCAUGAUGAUGGGAGCCGUAAAUCCCGUUGAGCGCGGAAACAACACAUGUCCGAACAAUGCCAAUGGUAAUGGUAAUGGUAAUGGCAAUACUAACGAACAGAAUCAGUGUGAAUUGGGUUUGAAUCCCACCUGCCAGCCACAUUGUUCACGAAUGUGUUGUCAUUGUCCCCUGAUGACAGCCAAUAAGCGAAUGCAGCUGCAACAACAACUGCAACAACAGCUGCAGCAGCAGCAACAGCUCCAACAGAAGAUCCAGCAAAAACUCCAGUGUAUCUAUCAGCAAAAACAGCAGAUGGCCACCAACAAUAGCACUACGGAAUCCCCAGAUCUAGCCCAGCAGCGGUCUGUGACACUAACGCCUGUACAGAGCACAGUGCCACAAAGCUGGCUGCAGCUGGCAAACAAUAGCAACGGGACUCCAGCAGCAACACCGGCACCAGCGGCAGCAGCGGAAGCAGAAGGAGCGGCCAAAACGUCUGUGUCGUCCGCUCAUUCGGGUAAUAGCAAUGAUUUGAAUAAUCCACAUCAAAUCUGUCACCAAUCCCAAAAAAAUGCAAUGUCCACUGUUACGGAUUUGCAGGCGCAACAACAUCAGCAACAAACACAAGAGCAGCAGCAACAGCAGAAACAACAACAUCAGCAACAUCAGCAACAAGCAGCUGCUGCAUGCAGCUAUCAGAGCUGCAUGAACAGCUGCUGCUUACUCAAGUCAGCCAUGCAACAACAAGCGCAGCAACUGAAAGUGCAACAGCAAGCACAGCAACAGCAGCAGCAGCAGCAGUCGCAACAACAGCAACAGGCAGCUGUUGCAUGCAGUAAUCAUACCUGCAUAAACAGAUGCUGCUUUCUCAAGUCAGCCAUGCAGCAACAGCAACAACAAGCGCAGCAGCAACAAGCGCAGCAGCAGCAAGUGCAGCAACAAGCGCAACAGAAAGUGCAGCAACAACAGCCGCAACAACAGCAACAAGCAGCUGUUGCAUGCAGCAAUCAUAGCUGCAUAAACAGCUGCUGCUUGCUCAAGUCAGCCAUGCAGCAACAGCAACAACAAGCGCAGCAGCAGCAGCAAAUGCAGCAGCAACAACAGCAGCAGCAGCAGCAGCAACAGACACAACAAGAGCAACAACAGCAACAGCAGCAACAACAACACUACCCAACAGCAAAUCGCAGUGCCUACUACCCAACAAUAAAUAUGGCCAAUCACUACAGUCAACACUUGUUGCCACAGUCAUCAACGCAGCAACAGCAAGGGUGUCCAGCCGGUUACAUGCACGGCUCAAUGUCGAUGCAUCCCAUGGGCUUGCCGCGCGGCCACAGCAUGCAUCAGUGCCUCUACUAUCCGGUCUCAUCACUGAACAUGCCCUAUGGCCCAUCGCAAUGCCCAUGUCGCAUGCAUUCACAUCACCCCCAUCUUUCGCACCACGGCCUCUACUACAAUGUGCCACAACAACAGCAACAUGGUUACUAUGCAGCCGGCAAUCUACGGCGCGGCUAUCCGACCAUUCGCUUAAAACACAAGACCACUGAGGAGCUGCAGACAGCUGUCAAGACAAGUGGCAGCCUCAAGAAGCUGAGUGAUACCGAUCAGGAUGACGGUAGCCCAGCGACUAACACUGAGAUUGGGGCAACUGCAUCCCUGCUGACUGUGAAACGUUUGGCCUUGCCGGCGCCCAAAGAGAGCAACGAGCUGGGGACUCUAAUGGCAAAGGAACAACGCUCAACCGCCGGCUGUGCGCAUUACAAGGCCACUCAUGCCGCCUCCCACAUCAAUGCCAAUGCUCUGUAUAUGGCACGCUUCGGACGCAGCUGCUUGCUAUUGCUACCAACAGCUCCCACGCUCAUGCCGCGAUUGCUGACCAAGCGGAUCAGUCGUUAUACAUCUGUGAUGGCUUGGCCCAACAAUGACCUGAAAGUGAGAAACCCCUAUUCUGUUUUGUAAAGACCUCUUUGACACAACACUCUGAAUAAACAUCGAGUAGAUCCGAA